AUGUUAACAAAGUUUCUACUCCUUAGCCAUUUGGUCCCUCUUGCGGUUGCAUCGGACUAUACACUUUCCCCUGUCAGUUACGUUCAAGGGAAAGCCUUUAAUCGUUUUGUCACAAUAUGGCUUGAAAAUACGGACUACAACAAAGCUGCCGGCGACCCUAAUAUCGAAUUUUUUGCGAAGAAAGGGAUAACAUUGAACAACUACUUCGCUGUUACCCAUCCCAGUGAACCUAACUAUGUCGCGGCGGUCUCUGGAGACUAUUACGGCAUCAACAAUGAUGACGACAAUAUCAUCCCAGCAAAUGUGUCUACUGUCGUAGACUUGCUUGAGGAAAAAGGAAUCAGCUGGGGAGAAUACCAAGAGUACAUGCCGUACACCGGUUUCACAGGGAAGUCUUACAAGGAGGAAAAGACUCGCAAAAAUCGAUAUGUCAAGAAGCAUAACCCUUUGAUAAUGCAUGCCUCUGUUGCGGAUUUCCCAGACCGUCGUGCAUGUAUCAAAAACUUCACGCUAUUCUACGAGGACCUUAAGAGUAACAAACUCCCACAAUGGCUUUUUAUCACACCCGACCAACAAAACAAUGGACAUGAUACCUCAGUAACCUAUGCUGGGAAGUGGCUUCGAGGCUUCCUAGAGCCACUCCUCGACGACCCUAACUUCAUAAACAACACCCUCGUACUCGUCACUUUCGACGAAAACGAUACCUAUUCAAAGCAAAAUCGUGUCUUUAGCAUCCUAUUGGGCGAUGUUAUUCCGAAAAAUCUAAUCGGUUCUGCCGAUAAGGGUUUCUACAAUCACUACAGCGAACUCUCCACCGUCCAAGCAAACUGGGGUCUCAAAUCUCUCGGCAGAUACGACGUCGGUGCCAACGUUUUCGACCUCGUCGCCCAAAAGACUGGCGACUCUCUUCGCAGCCUCGACAUCACAAAAGUCUACCUUAACGAAAGUUACCCCGGAAUCUUCCAUCGCAAAAAAUACGCACCCCUCCCGGUCCCAGAUACCGAGGCUUCUUUCGCUGGAAGAACUGUUCUGGAAAGUAUUAGGAGCAUUUGGGGAAAGGUGCAAAACAAGAGCGUGUACAAGGGUGCGCCGCUAUCGAUACCAUCUUUGCGAAACCCACCGAUUUACCCGAGGGAGUAUUCGCGCAGGAAGAGAAGGGGUGGAAACUAA